UAAACACUAGCCUGAAAACUUGCGGUCGUCCAAACCCAACGAUGAAGUUCCUCGACCCUGCCAGUAUGGGGGCUGCCAUCUUGCUUCUGAGACUCUCGACCUCACUGAUAAUUGUGACAACUAUGCCGCGAGUGCCAGCCUCAAGCCAGAGGCAAAGCCAGAAGUCUCAAGCGAGGAAAGGAAGGCCCAGGAAUGUAGUGGAUGCUGCUGCGUCAUCAGACUCCGAUGAUGAUUAUUUUCAGGUUAAUGGCACCCAGGCAGCUAGCCAAUCACAGACACAGUCCAUGACCCAAGCCGAGAAAGCUGCGGCCAAACUCACUCCAGAGCUCAUUGAGCGCAAGGUGGGAGAGUUGGUCCAGUAUCUACUGAUCAUGGAACAGAGAAAGAUCCCAGUGAGAAGAGGAGAUAUUACCAAGAAUAUCCUGAAGGAGUAUCGCACCAUCUUGCCUCACGUUCUCGAGAGAGCCAAGAGGAAACUGAAGUCGGCGUUUGGCCUGGAGCUUGUAGAAAUCUUGCACAAGACUGGCAAGACUACAAUUAAGAUGUACAUACUGCUGAAUAAGAUUGACGCCGAGAAACAAGGAGUCUUCUUAGACAGCUCCAGAGACGAUCCUAAGGUUGGCCUCCUCAUAACUGUGCUCAGUAUAAUCUUUAUGAGUGGAGGUGCCGUCAAUGAACCUGUCCUGUGGCACACGUUAAAAAAGCUGGGCAUCAAACAAGACGAGAAGAAUCACGAGGUGUUUGGAGAUGUGAAGAAACUGUUGACGUCUGAGUUUGCCUCCAAACAAAUGUAUUUAGACUACAGUCGCAUCCCAAACACGGAUCCAGCAGCUUACCAGUUCAAGUGGGGCAUCAGAGCCCAAACUGAAUGCACCAAGAGGAAAGUGCUGGACUUUGUGUGCCAGAUGUAUGGAAACGACAUGGACGUCAAGACCUGGAAAGAGCAGUAUCGGGAGGUUUUGCAGUCGGAGAGUACUGGUGACAAUGACGAAGACAACUCGGAAUCGUCCGAAAAAGAUGAAUCCUCAGAUGAGUCUGACUAGGACGGCUGCCAACAUUCCCUAAUCAACACACUGUUUUCCUUUCUGGAGACAAAUCCGUUUACUUUUUAACCCUCCGGCGCAGAAUCUAGCCCUUUUGGGGACCCAAUUUGGUUAAUUACCUUAAUUAAAAAAUAAAUUUCAAACCAAUUCUGGUGAUCUUCCAUCUAAUCCUAGCAAGAGACACCCUCUACGGAUAUAUACAGUCACCUUUAGUGUGUGACCCCGGGUCAGGCAUAUCUGAGCAUGAAAACCUGGGCUAAGGACCGAUGCAAUUUCUGCCCAUCCGGGGACCCACCAUAUACACGCGCACAAAACAACUCCGACGCAAUUACUGCCCAACCGGGGACCCACCAUAUACACGUGCACAAACAAGGUCACUUGCGAGUAGACAGUGCACGGCUUGACCACAGACUAUGUAUACAAAUACACCUCCUUAGUCUACAGACAUGGCAAGAUUGUGUUCAUGUGGAUACAGUGUUGUGUAGCCUCAAACCGUGGCGCUAAAUAUUUGGGUCCCCGGGGGACCCCUUACUGUAAGUGUGUUACUAAAUGGGCUUUCUGCGUCGGAGGGUUAAAAAGCUUAAGGCUGGUUUAUACCUGAUGCAAAUGAGAAUGCGAUGCAAAUUUGACAUUAGGAAGCAUUCGCAUUUGAGUUGAAAUGAAUUCGCAGCAUGAAAAGUUGCCCUGACGUCACAAAUUCACGUUCUAUGAACCAGCCUUUAUACUAUAUGGAUUCCUGUAGGAACAACAGGUUGCUCCGGUUGACCACCCACAUACGCUCCAGUGUUAGCAGUGUUUGUGGGCAUGUCUCCAAAAACAAUGUAGCAGUCAAACAACAUUUUUUCUGAGGAAACUUAAUAUUUGUUGGGUACAAAAAUCUACCAUGAGACGAUAGUGUUUCUUUAUUACCCUUGACAGGAGUUUUGUUCUGUGUGAUUUGGACCUUUUGUUUAAAAGUUACGGCAAAGCUUGUAAAGACUGUCAAAUCUGUUUGGGACACUUUCUUAUUUAUUGUUCACAAAUCUUUAUACCUGUUCACCGUUUCGUAACAUGGGUUGAGGAUUUUUCCUAAGACAAUGAUUUUAGAAUAACAGCUUUGUAAGGCCAAAAAAAAUAAGUCUCCGAUUUCUGGUAUGGAGCUUGCCCAAAAAGUGGUGCGGCGACGCGGCUUUUUUUUUUACCUGUUUUUUUUUGCUUCAAAUGUCGGCUGAUGA